UUUCAAUUUUACGCCUUUUCAAAUCUGAUGGUUGUUUUUAAUCAAUCAAUAGCAUUUUUUUUACAAAAUACGCGAUCGAACGAUGUGUUCUGUGAUUUUGUGUUCAUUAGUAUCCCUAACCAUAACAUUACGUUUUCAUAGUGACCACUCAAAUUAAGUUGUUUCACACUCAUGAAUUUCUAUUCAACAAAUUCUGGAAAAAUCCCCAUUACAAAUACAAUGACACAACCUUAUCGACAACACAAAAAAAUGUGAUUGCAAAAUAUGCUAAUUGUUAUUUCCAUCGUAAGAAACAUAGUGAAUAUGUAACAGAAUAUUUGGAACCGGAAAAAAUGAAGCACAAAAAUGGUGAUGUGAAAAUUUCAUUGAAUAAGAAAAGUACACGAAAUAAUAUAAUAUAUAAUGUGUGGAGGCACAAUACGAGUAAUUGGCAUGCAAUGCAUGCGACAAAUCUAAAACGACUAAGUCGCUUACAAGCAAGAAGGAAAGGAAAAUCGAUGAAAAACCAAAAUGGACCUUUAUCUUCAGCGGAAGCAACUAGUCCAAACUCUGGUGGAGCUACCUCCAAUACAAAUGCUGCGAAUGCUUUUACGAGGACGAGUAAAACAACAUACGGUUGGACAAGAACUACACCUAAAAGAGUUAGUUUUAUUGAAUCUUGUGAAUAUGAUGCGUAUUACUGCAUGAAAGCUUACGUAACAGGCAGCGUUUGUGCUCGUACUGAUUACUUCUUGUAUAUGACUUUCAAAAAUUACUGUCAACUGAAUUAUAUCAAUUGUUUACUUAGAUAUGAAGUCUGGCACAUAAUACACAUGUCCCCGUGCAUGACACAUGAAUAUAGCGAAUUUGUUGAAUAUCCGAACAGACAAGAUUAUAAAUAUUUGUACCAGGAAUUCGCUGAGGCCGGCAAAAAGAAGUAAUGACCAACAAUUAACGUCAUUUUUUUUAUUUAAAUUAAGUAAAUUAUUGUUUAUAUGUACCUACUUUAGUUUUAAUUUUAGAUUAAUUUAGUUUUUCUAUAAUUCUAUAUUUUUUGAGAAGUGUAACUUUAGUUGUACACAAUUUAUAUGUUUAAAUAACUAAUAUCCUAAUCCCAACUAUAAACAAUUAUAAUUGCGAAAGUAAGUUUGUUUGUUACCUCAUCACGCUCUAUCUACUCGACCAAUCUUCUUGAAAUUUUGCAUACAUGUAGUUUGAAGUACGGGGAAGGAUUAUCUCAGAAAAACCCCUGCUCCCGUAAGAAAUUAUGCAAAAGCUGGUUGUUAA